GGCCAGUCAGUCUGAGUGAGGAGAGACUGGGGGGAAGCCGUCCGCUUCGCUGCAUCAGCCGCUGUACCACAAUGUCCAAACCGAAGUUUCAGACGGAGUGGGAGGAAAUUGACGAGGAAUAUCAACAAUUACAGGAAACUCACAAAAUAUACAGACAAAAACUUGAGGAACUCACCAAUCUUCAGGCAACAUGCAGCAGCGCCAUCAGUAAACAGAGAAAAUGCCUAAAAGACCUAAGGCACAGCUUGAACAAGUGUGCAAAAACAUGUGACGAGAAAGAAUUGAAACUAAUAAUGGACAUCAAAACACAAAUCAAAGAUAAAGAAAAUGUGUUUUUUGAUAUGGAAGCAUAUUUACCGAAGAAGAAUGGACUGUACCUGAAUUUGGUCCUGGGCAACGUGAACGUAACGCUUCUCAGCAACCAGGCAAAAUUUGCCUACAAAGAUGAGUAUGAGAAGUUCAAGCUUUAUAUGACAAUAAUCCUGAUGUUUGGAGCCAUAACCUGCCUCUUCUUUCUCAACUGUCGUGUCACUGAUGAAAUCUUCAACUUUUUGCUAGUGUGGUACUACUGCACAUUGACCAUAAGGGAAAGCAUCCUCAUGAGCAACGGCUCCAGAAUCAAAGGUUGGUGGGUGUCUCACCAUUAUGUAUCCACCUUUCUGUCAGGUGUGAUGCUUACCUGGCCGGAGGGGCCCAUGUAUCAGAUGUUCAGAAGCCAGUUUCUUGCUUUCUCCAUCUAUCAGAGUUUUGUCCAGUUCCUCCAGUAUUACUACCAGAGCGGCUGCUUAUACCGGCUACGAGCUUUGGGAGAGAGAAACCAGCUGGACCUCACAGUGGAGGGAUUUCAGUCCUGGAUGUGGAGAGGCCUCACUUUUCUUUUGCCAUUCCUCUUUUUUGGCCAUUUUUGGCAGCUGUACAACUCAGUGACCCUGUUUCGCUUGGCAGGACAUGAGGACUGUAAGGAGUGGCAGGUGUUUAUGCUGGCUCUGACAUUUCUUGUCCUAUUCCUGGGAAAUUUUCUUACCACCGUAAAAGUUGUCCACCAAAAAAUUCAGAAAAACCAGGAAAAGGUGCAAAAAAAUGACUGAGACAUAAACUCAACGAGACACCUCAGAUUUCACAAACGGCCAGUAAUUUUGAAGCAACACGCACAAUCGCUUGUUAGACUGACCCCAGUACGAUCAGGCCGGGAGAAGACGAACCUGAAACCACUGUUUCUCUCAGGCUUUGAUUACAGCAGCGGUGUCCAGCCGGAGUAUCUGACGAACAGGCUUUUGCUUUCUAACGACUCAUUGUUGUUGAUGUUGCUGCUCAGUCGGUCACAGCACAAAGUGUUGUUCACCUCAUAGAUGAACAGUUUGUCGCUUUAUCCUGUACAUAAAAAGUGAGUGGGAAGAAGGCGUUUUAUUUGGGUGUUUGUGUCAGUGCAUGAAUCUGUCUGAGAGCCUUCGUUCAAGUCAUAUGCAACUAAAAGAGGGCAGGUAGCAUCAGUUAACAGAACAGAAUAUUGUUUGCCUUUGAAGACCUAACGUCUGUCAUGUACAUACUUCAUACUUCUGUGAAGUAGUAACAGUCAAACUGUCUCUGGCUCAAACAAACUCGGACAUGUUCAGUUCGGCACUGCGUUUCAUUUCUAGAAUUUCCUAACUUUUUAUGUGUAGUUCUCGACUCCCUAUUGUGCUAUUUCACUGCUAACCAGUAUUUUUUUACUACUACCCUUUUGUCCAAAUUUACCUUCAGUUUCAUUUAAUAAAAAAAAAAUAAAAAAAUCUCCUUGGGGUGUACACCGAUCAGCCACAACAUUAAAAUCACCUGCCUAAUAUUGUGCAGUUCCCCUUCGUGCUUCCAAAACAGCUCUGAUUCGUCUAGGCGUGUACUCCACAAGACCUCUGAAGGUAUCCUGUGGUAUCUGGCACGAAAACGUUAGCAGCAGAUCCUUCAAGUCCUGUAAGUUGCGAGGUGGGACCUCCAUGGAUCGGACUUGUUUUUCCAGCACAUCCCACAGAUGCUUGAUCGGAUUAAGAUCUUGGGUAUUUGGAGGCCAAGGCAACACCUUGAACCCUUUGUCAUGUUCCUCAAACCAUUCCUCAACAGUUUUUGCAGUGUGGCAGGAUGCAAUAUCCUGCUGAAAAGAGGCCACUGCCAUCAGGGAAUACUGUUGCCAUGAAGGGGUGUACUUUGUCUGCAGCGAUGUUUAGGUAGGUGGUGCGUGUCAAAGUAACAUCCACAUGAAAGCCAGGACCCAGGGUUUCCCAGCAGAACAUUGCCCAGAGCAUCACACUGCCUCCGCGGGCUUGCCUUCUUCCCAUAGUGCAUCCUGGUGCCAUCUCUUCCCAGGUAAACGAUGCACACGCACCUGGCUGCCCACAUGAUGUAAAAGAGAGCUCGAUUCACCAGACCAGGUCACCUUCCUCCAUUGCUGACUGUGCACUUGCUGCCUAAUAUAUUCCACCCGUUGACUGGUGCCGUUUUAACGAGAUAAUCAAUGUUAUUCACUUCACCCGUCAGUGGUUUUAAUGUCGUGGCUGAGCGGUGUAUUUUUCCACUCUGGAGUCAGUGGCUGCUCUAUUUUGGAUUGUGUUUCUUCCUAGAAAGAGUCGGGACUAAAAGGGAAGGCAACAGUGUUAUUCCCCUCAGGCAGCGGUUACAGGAGACAUAGCUGUUCAUGUACGAUCUAAUGCCUAAACCCGGUUAUCUGGUUAAGUCACAACAACAUGCACAUAAAAACUUGUACUGUCUCUACAAAAACUAGUGUUCCCAGUGAGGAGUAAAGGAGGUUUUCAUGCGAGCUCCUCCCGUGCAGUUACACUUUUACGUUCUCAUUAACAAAAUGCUAACAAAACGUUUUUAUAGAUCACACACAGAGGUUUACUGAUGGUCUACAUUUUUUUACUGGUAUAGGAAGAACUUCAAGCUUAUUAAACAUUUAAUCUCAAAGCCCUUAAUUUAGAAGAAAGGUUCAAAUUCAGUUUAGCACUCGGAAGUCCAUGCACAGUUUUGGAUUUGUCAUUACUGUUCUGCUAAUUCCAAUUUGUUCUGUGAUGUUGCAGAAAUGUAUUAUGAUCAACCACUGCUAUUGGCAAUAGCACUAUAAGACUAUGAUACACCAUGAUGAUUAAUAAUGUGCUUGAUUGUUUUUCCUAUUCCAAUAAUCAUACAAAAUAUUUGUAAGCAUUCGUUUAUGGCCAAUAGUUUUGUCAGGUUCACAUUUCAAGCUUGUUUGAAAGUAUUACACAAGGGCCUUUUUGUUUUUAUCGAGGGGUCGGGUGGGUUCAAACGAACAGCUGUUGUGGUGUGAGGUCUCUGUUGCCUUAUUCUCCCUCCAUCCUGUCACAGCAACAAAAAAAAAAGGCCUGGUCCUUUUAUUUUGAAAUUCCAAAGACAGAGGAAUCACAUUUCUGCUCCCACCCCCACACAAUGCAGUCGCGGUCCCGAAGAGAAUCACUGUAUU